CAAAAACGUGGAAACAGGUCUCUCGAAAGCGAACAGAAAUGUGUCGUCGAACAAAGUAUUGUAAAAGUGAAAGGCAUCCCCUUUUUCGUUCUCGCCCCCAUACUUCGCAUCGUCGCGUUUUCGAGACUUACUCGUGCUUCCAUUCUAUCUCCGCCCAGAUCGAAGAUGUAAGAAUCGCAAGACGUGGCAGAAGCGACGCGGAACUUUUAGGCAGCAUUCGGCUCCUCGCCGCUCGCCGAAAAGAAAAAUGGCACGCAUAGUACCUACGGCCUUGUGCGUGAGAACAAAAUAUUGAUCCAUACCGACAAGAAUUCGGAUAGAAGAAGCUACGUCGCGGCGCAAGAAGGAGGGCAGCAGCAACGGGCACUAUGCCGUGGCCCCGCCUGUCGAUCGAAGACCUGGAGGCUGGCGUGAUGCGGUUUUGCGGCGUGGGUUUAUUUUGGCUGUUUCCCGGCGCGCUCCUCUGGACGCACUGGUCGCAAAGCAAGGGCGAGCUGGACGCCGCGAGCUGGUACAUCUGCACCGUUUGUGCCUACGCCAUCGGCGUUCUCGCGAUUGGCACCUUCAGCAUGCUCGUGCUCAGACGACUGGUAUUGCACUACAGCCCAUUGUUUUGAUGUGCCACCGCUGCUGCUCUCAAAACAAGAUGAAAAUGUUGAGACAGGCAUCUCAGUUUGCAGUAGUAAGUAGGUGUUCACCAAGAUGAGAUAUUAGUUAGGUGAAAAAUGCUUCCCGAGUUCUGCACAAGUGGGUUCUUUGGUUUUACUUUUAAACCCUGAAUAUACCCUUUCCUGGUUGUUUGUUUGGCAAUCGAAGAGGAAGACUUAUUCAAAUUUUUAGAUGGAGUCUGGGCCGGCCUGCUUUCGACGCAAAAUGGGGCUGCUAGUUCCGAUGGUGUGGCUCGCGAACCCAGUGGCGAUUCUGGGCGUCGGCGCGGUAACCGGCCACCAGUUUCUGAAGGAGAUGUGUUGCGUGCCGUUCCUGGUGCUGCUGAUUAUCGCGUGCUCUAGCCGCAAGCUUUUCGACUGCACACGACGAUACCGGUUGCAGGCACGGGGGGUGAACAACCCCAACCAGGUGGGACUCUGCGUGCUGACGCGGAUCGUGUUCUUUGUCGUGCCGCUGGUCAUCCUGAAUAUCCAGAUCGCACUCUACGGUGCCGCGGCCGAUGCGCCGAAGGAGUGGUUCGUCCUGCAGAAGAUGAACGGGCUCGGACUGUUUCUCUCCUCGCUGAUCCUCACCAAGUUCGUGGCCAUGGUGUUUGCCAUGGGCCACGGCAUCGAGCAGCCCUGCUCCGUGUUCCGGGCCGGUCGCAUUGCGUUCUUCGUCAUCCUCCUCUCGGCAGACUGGGUGUGCCUCACCGUCCUAAUCAAGAAGGAGGAGGACGACCACGACCACAACAACGUCGAUCCGGGCACAUACGACGUCCGCAGGAUAACGCUCGUGAUUCUCAGCUUCCUCAUGGGUAAGUAAGUUUUAGUGUAGAUAUAGUUCUAGCCUAUGUGCUUCGACAAUGUAAGUAGAACAAGCAUGAGACUCCAUUACAAACAUGUUUUGAUGUUCGGCUGAAUGUCGAGCAUAUCUUGCGUUUCAUUUUUUAGAAGAUCGUAAUGACCAACUACUGAAACUGAUACUGAUUACUGUCCACAAUUUUGUCAUACAUGAUUCGACCACAGGGUGCGACCUUCUGCUUUUGUCGACCACGGCCACGGGGCGGAAAUUUCCGCAAUUUUUGGCCGCCCUGAUUGGCAUGCGCGGACGCGGGCGCGGCUGGAACCCGGGGAUGGAUGGACCGGAAGAGCGGCCGGACCCGAAUACCCAGUUUUUGUUGACGCCGGAACCGUUCUCGCGCGAGUUGCACAACUUGGACGCGCGGCGGAAGAAGAAAGAGGAGCAAAAGAAGCUUGGUGGCGCGGCCAACAGGAAAAAACCAGCAGAGGUCCAUCCUGAAGAGGACGCCGAUGAUGUUGCACUCGAUGUCGCGGCUCCCGCGGCUUCAUCGGAGGACGACGACGGCGCCACCGACGUCGUAGGACCACCCCGCUCCGGUGGUCGCAGUGGCGGGGACGAGGCUCGCGAGCUAGAUGAUCCUGUGGGCGGUUGUAUGGAAGAUGACAACGCGUCUAUACUCUCCGAGGCAACUACCUCUACGGUGAGUACACGAGCGCCAAGCGAUCUCGUGGUAACAGUAAACAUGGAUCAAUCUUCUUCUCAACCGGUCCACGUACAACGACCUCUGACAGGCACCUCCAGCAGUUCCUCGUCAACGGCGCGGCGGUCCCCGUCGUCUGCCCGGGGGGCGAGACCAGCAGAGACCGGCGUGUCCGAUCGACCGCAGACGGAGGAGGGCGAGACGGGAGCGGCCGGCGCUGCACCGCCGGGGUCGAUCAUGGAUUAUCUCACCAGUACGUUCGAGCGCACGUUUCAGUUCUCCCACCAGGACGAGGCGGAAGCAGCAACCGCGUCAACACGGCGGAAUCGCGGACGAAGACGGGGUCGUGCUGAGGGAGAGCAAGCAGAGUCGAACGUGUCGCCCAACGCGAGGCGGCAGCGCUUGCUCCUCGGCGUCGAGGUUGGAGAAGGCGAGGAACAAGCCAGUGCGCGGCCCAACGCAGGUGGAGCCGCACGAGUAGUUUCUGCUUCGCCGUCGCCCAGCAAUAAAGCAACAGAUCCGAGGAAGGAGCCGCUCUUGGGAACCAGGAGCGCGGAAAGGCAAAGUAGUGCCACCAGUCUCAGCGGCAGCGACAGUGCCCCUAGCUGUACGAUCUGUCUCACGGAGUUCGAGGAAGGGGAGCUGGUGCGGACUAUGCCGGAGUGCGACCACAUCUACCACGCUGCGUAUUGAUAAUUUGCGCAUUGUUUUUUUGGGAAUGUAGUUGUGAGUUUAUUGAGUCAAGUAGAAAUUGAAACUGGUCGUAGAAAGAUGAUUACUCUGGACUACUCAUCAAGAGGAUGAGGCUGAGACCGAUGCUUUUGUGAGAGCUCAGGAUAGCAUUUUCCGUUUGAAACUACAGCUAAAAGUACAACUAGAUGUAGAAUCGGAACUACUCGACAUAAUGUCUCGAUUAUACAACAGGUGCCUAGAGCGAUGGGCACGUUCGCAGGGGAGUAGUUGUCUCUGCCCGAUGUGCCGGCGACCCGCGUACACGGACCAGGGGAAGACGACAGACUGUCUUGCGUACAUCGAGGCGCAGGAGGUGCAGGAGGCGGUUCACACCUUAGAGGACAACCAAGGUCUGCUUUCCCGCGCACGACCCCUCGCAUCCUCGCUGAACGUGGACAUUCUGAUCGCGGCCUUGGUCGUGCGCAUCCUGGAGAACGACAUCCAGAGUGCGGCACACGUCUUGCUCGAGCACAAGUCCGUGCUGCAGCGGCUCCAGGACAGUCGGACCAAGGUCCGCCCGCGCACACGGCAGGUGCUCGGCACCUGGGCGGACGGCAUCAUCGAAAAGGACGGGUGUUUGGACGUUAGCGUGCGCCGGGGCUUGAUUCUCCAACUCCAGGCCCUGGACGGCUUGGACGAGGAGUUUCUCACGACCUCCUGGGAAGACCUCACGGACCCGCAGCGGACGCGGACUUACAGCCUGCUCCUCGGUGACACCAUCGACCGCUUAAACAGCGACGCGGCGUAGGCGUCUGUGCUUUUUUGUGGUUCUUGUUGCACCCGCGUAGUGAUAAGCACCUUUGUUUACAUGAGUGGCGGUCCUGCAGCCAUUUUUUUGUGCUUGUACAAUCCUCCCCCUCGUUCCUGGCGAACCGCCAGGCGUAUCCCCGCGACAACCUUCUGAUCUCCCUUUUCCUUUUGUUUGACCCACAUGCCGUUUUUACAUCUAACGAAUGAGCAAGACUUCCCGAUCCUGAUUUUCGUCGGCAUUUAGUCCGAGCAAAGUUAUGCUGUCGCUGUGUAUGUCCAUGUCAGUGUUCUUUUCGGAGAUCGUUACUUACCGAGCAAAGCUAUGGCUCUUUUUCCUCCGUACUUUGCUAGUGAUUUGAUGAUGCUCUUUUGCUAGCUUUCGUUUUCUUUGU